CCUUCAUUGCGGGUGUGUUCUCAAAAAAAAAAACACGUCUAAUUCUUGCACUGUGUCGCGUGGCGUUAGAAGCUGGAGCAUAGCGGCUCGUGCUCUCGCGUAAACGGUUUUCAGCUGUGGGAAUUUAUCUUCGUCGUUCGCGACAACCGAGCCGCGAAGGCGAAGCUCAUAUUUUAUCGGCACAGCGGGAUGUUCGACAUUCUGCCACGAUCUCUCCCGAUCUUUGCCGACCUGGUUCGUAGUACUGUUAGUUCCCAGGAUUGACAGGACUCGGUCAACACAGCCCUCGGGAGGCUCGCAUAGUUUAUUUUUACCCCGGUGAUCGGUCCCUUCUGCAAGUACCCAUAACGUACGCAAUAUUGACGAGCCGUAAUCCGCGCCCGCACUGCAAGAUAACAAACAACAGUGCGGUGAGAAAUGAACCGAAAAUACAACAGCCAUCGUGUUGCGAGAACCAAUUUAACGCGAUGCGAUGCGGGAUCCCUUGGUCGGGAUUGAUUGCAGUGCGAACCACCGUUUGAAAGACGAGGUGCAAAAUGAUUGCGUGCACGAUCGCGAUCAAUUGUGCGACGCGGUGGGGCAUUCAUGAGUGACAUCCGUACACAGCCGAACAGACACGGUUGACAUUCUACCGAAGCAAAUAAGAACGAAAAAAAGUGUAAAAAAAUAACCCGCAUUUCCCGGCUCGUGUGCUCAUUUGCCCGGGAGAAAAUAAUUGUACAUCUAGUGAAAACUGCAGUGUUCAUUUCUCGUAGAUCGUCCGUGUGACAGCGAGCGUAUGUGCAUGUAUUGGGAGAAAUUUUCACGAAAUUUAGCAAUCGUACGUACCGUAGUGAUGCAGUAGAUAAAAAAUCGACAAUGCUCUAGUGCUUCCCUGUACCGGACUGGUAGUGUAAGAAAAUGUGAACUACUCGGUAGAUAUGGUGUGAGAUUUUUUUUCGUCGUGUCAUAUUGUACCGAUGGUGGUAGUGAAGUGUUCGAGUUAGCUAAAAGUUUCUUACAAUGAAACACGAAAGUCAGCGGUGGUGAUGAGUGCAGUGCGAACCAGCGUAGAAUAGUGCAUGUGUAAAAUUAAAGCAGAGCAGUAGAAUAGAUACAGCAGGCAUUGGGUGAAAAUUGCCAUUGGCGACAGCAAGGUGUGUGCAUUUCGAGCGAAAAGAAAAAGUCACACAGCCGUGAGCAAAAGUGUACCGAUCUCAGUGGUAGGGAGCUGAUUGUUCUGAUCAGCGAUCGACAAAGUUCAACACAACUGGGGCGAAGAACGAGCAACGGUCGAUAAUGUCGACUACUUCGAUUUCCCGAGAAGAAGAGCGCAAGCCGCUCAUGGAGGAAUUUUACCGUCAGCGGCGUAUUCUUCUUGGCUGUACAAUUCUUAUCGGGGUGGCAGCCGUCAUAUGGAUUGUGGCCAUUUCUACCGAUCACUGGUUCAUCGUAACAGGUGGCCAAGGAAUUUUCAUACCGGAAACGCGACGAUACUUCAAAACAUCACACUCGGGCCUUUGGAAGAUAUGCCGCUACGGUGUCAUCCCGGCCGUGAUGGCUCAGUCGAAUGCGACACGCAACUUUACGACAUUGUCAUUUGUGAACGAGAAUCGCAUCGCAACGAUGCGUUCGACUAUUGCGAAAGAACCAUACAUCAAAGAUUUCCUUAGUGCCGAUUUAAAAAUGGAAAACCUGACCGAGGUGGACGACACCUUCCGGAGGCAACUGUUUGCGUCGUGGAUCGUGAACGAUGCGGACCGAUUCCACGAGCUGAAGGGUCUGUUCCACGAAAUUACGGGCAAGGUGCGCCAGCAGGACACGGUGGCUGUACAAAAGCUCAAAAACCCACCGCUGAUGAUGCUUGAUCCGACCGAUCUAAACUCGGUGCGCGAAACUCUCAAAGAGCCGGUAGCCGCCGUGCUGACCACAGUCACCAUCAACUCGACCGACAUCAACGUUCUAAUGCCUAUCACGCUGUCCGAGGCCCUGUUCGACGACUGGGAGCACCGGCCGGGCGUGAUUUAUUUACUUUGGAGCUUCGCCAAAGCGAUGAACAUCCCGCCGUUCAUCGUCAGCCCAAAUGGCACCAAGUAUAUCAUACGACCGCCACUUCCGCCCAAGAAAGGCCGCAUUGGCAACGGAUACGAGUACACCCCGUUCAAAAAAUGUAAAUUCCACAACCUUUUCCCAUCGGACGACGAGAUUCUCCAGGAUCCUGCUAUCGAUGACGAGCUGCUCGAGAAAGACGAAGCUUUCUACAAUCCUGAGUUCGAAACCGAAGACUACAGCCGGACCGAAGCAUCGUUUGCUUGCAUUACAGUCUUCGUGAUGGUGAUGGGAUUCAUCUUUUCGAUCUACACGUUUUUAAACCCACGCUACAUGUUUAAACGGUUGGCCGGUGGAAUACAUUUCAUAUCAGCUGCGACAAGCAUUGUCGUUAUACAGGUGUUGGUAGCUUCCGUGGAGUACGAAAAGGAAAACAUAUCCUAUACCUUCCCCAAAGGUGCCAAAUAUAGCUAUGGCUACGGAUUCUAUCUGGCUUGGUUCGUAUUUUUAUCCAAUAUCUACGCUGGUUUGAUGUUCAUGUGGUAUUCAAAGAAAAGGAAAGGCAAUAAAGCAGCUACCGAAGAGCUGGGUAUGGCCGAUGAACCCAUCAACAUUGGGCGAUAAGCAACGAACGGCUGUCAUUUUCGAGCCAAAACCAAAGACAACGCACGAAUCAGGCAGAAAUUGGUUCCGAAUCCCCACAAAGAAAAACGUCCUUUGCGGUAAAAUAAGUGGGUUAAACAAGUCUGUCAGAAACCUUCCCGACGGUGUUUUUAAGAAAAAAAAACGAAAGAAGCAUUAAGACAAUGUUUUAGUUUUUUUUUAAUUUUAUUUCGUAUUUUUUGUUGACCACUUCUGUUUUCUCUUUUUGUGAUUGUGUCGUGCAGAUACAUCAUGGUUUGUUUUUCGGUUUACAAUUAACUGUUACAUUAAGUGUUACGUGAACAAUAAAGAUAAGAAAGGUUGUUUCAAUA